AUGAAUCCAACAUCGAAAGAAGAAACUAACGAGACUAUUCCGUUAAAACCUCUAAUAAGUCCAAAGCCUUAUUUGCCAGUAUCUGAAGUUGGUCGAACAGUUGGCACGACAUAUUUUCUUUCUUCAACACUAAUUGCAUCUAUCAUUCCAAUAAUUCAAUUAAUAAUUGGCUUAUAUUACAAAGGAGAUUGUCGAAUCGAUCAACGUAUUCCAACUUAUAUGAUCGUAGCUGGCAUCUGUGGUUUAGCAUUAGCUGGACUUUCAUUAUUUCUUUCCAUUACAUUUAAGUGUUUUCUUUCGGAUUCAGCAGUAGUAACAGUAUUGGCUAGUUGUGGUAUAUGUUUAAAUUUGGUAGCAACAUUUCUUAUUUCAAUUUUUGUUUUUAUUUGGUUUAUUCUUGGUUGUGUAUGGGUAUUUAGUGUUCGUUCUCAAGUACAAUUUAAAGAUUCUAUAAAGCCUGGUUAUUGUCAACCUGUCUUGUAUAAAUCAACAUUUGCAUUACUCAUUAUAACAAUUAUUUGGGCUUGUAUUCAAUGUUGUUUAUCAUGUUAUCGAACAUGUAAUCCACGUCGAAAUCCUUAA